GUUGGUAGUUCUUGUGUAUAUGAAAGAUAUGCCAUGUGGUUAAAUUGAGAUAGGUUAAUUACUUUAAAAAUAUUCUUAAUAUACCAUGUCAUUCUUUAUUCGAAACCAUCAGAAUACUGGAGGGAAUCAAAGAAAGUUUAAUGGCCAUGCCAGUACAUUAAAAAGGAAGAAGAAAAGUGGAAAGAAAUCUGUAGCUAAUGAUAAUGAAAGUAUUGCUAGUACAGAUGAAGAAUUUGCAGAAGAAAAUCAGAGAAAUAAUUCUCAAGAAUAUGAAAGUGAAGAAGAAGAAGAAACUGCCCAGGAAAAGCGUGUAAGGCUUGCAAAGAAGUAUCUUCAGCAAAUUGAGGAAGAAGAGAAAGACAGAGCAGAAUUUGAAGAGGGUGCGGUAUCAAAGAGGUUACGUGAAGAAUAUUUAGAAGAAAAAGGACGGUUACGAAAAACUGUAGCAUCAAAAUACACAGGCCACAGUGAACCAAUUACAUUGCAAUGCAAAGAACAUAGAGAUUCUGUUACCUGUUUAUGUCUUUCUAGUAAUGGAAAGUUCUUGUACUCUGGAUCAAAGGAUGGCAGCUUAGUAAAAUGGUCGUUAAAAGAAAAAACCAAAUUAAAAUCUAUUAAGGGAAAAAGAAAAAUCCAAGAUGGCGUGAAAUGCGUACAGUGCUUGGCUGUUAGCACAGAUGGUAAAUUUUUGGUAGUAGGAGAUAGUGGUUGUAAAGAUAUUAGAGUAUAUUGUGCUAAUACUUUGAAUCAUAUAAAGAAUUUACAAGGUCAUAGAGGUAGCGUGACUGGAUUAGUUUUUCGUAAAGACACGCAUACAUUGUAUUCCGCUUCCGAAGACAGAAGCGUAAAAGUAUGGAAUUUAGAUGAUAUGGCGUACGUUGAAUCCUUAUUUGGCCAUCAGAAUGGAAUCACAUCGAUCGAUGCAUUAGCGCGAGAACGUGCUAUUACGAGUGGCGGUUUCGAUGGGACAGUUCGAGUUUGGAAAAUAGUCGAAGAGUCACAACUUAUAUUUAACGGGCAUGGCGGUAGCAUAGAUACCGUGAGGCUCAUAAACGAGGAAAACUUUCUCAGCUGUGGAGACGAUGGGCAAUUAUGUGUGUGGAGUUCUUUAAAGAAAAAACCUUUGUGCUCGAUACAGGACACGCACGGUAGAGAUGAAACUAACAAUCAACCUAUGUGGAUUUCCAGUAUAGCCACAUUACUGAAUACAGAUCUAGUCGCGUCAGGAUCACGAAAUGGCGUUAUCAGAUUAUGGCAAUGUAUUGACUCCUUUAGGUCGUUGAGUCCACUGUUCGAAAUUCGAUUAACAGGCUUUGUAAAUGCACUAUGUUUCACUCCAGAUGGAACUGAGCUGAUUGCUGGGGUUGGUCAAGAGCACAGGCUCGGGAGAUGGUGGCGUAUACCGAAAGCGAAAAAUAGUAUUGUUAUAAUACCACUAGUUCAAACGAAAAAUAAAUAAUUUAAUAAAAAACAGAGCGACUCAAUUGUAUAUUGUUAAGUUAAAUUGUUAUGCAGAGGGUAUAUAAUUUUUGAUACGUUUAAUAUAGAUGUACUUUUUUAUGUAAAAGGAAUCUCGUAAUCUGUUGUUACUAUUACGUCCCCUCGAGUACUGCCCGAAUCUUCGAUGCUCCGUGGUGAUUAUUUUUUUCCUAUAAAACCGCAUCACGUACGAAUGCAUUCGAUUCGUUGGCGUUCUAAUGAAA